AUGAUGAUGUCUGCUUCAGAAGACAAGACGGCGACUGGAGUGAAUCAAGUUCCCAAUAAGCUCCCAAACAACCAGUUGAAUAUGAGCUCUGGAAUUUUUCCCAGCCAAGAGGUCCUCCAGAAUUUUUGGAAUCAGUUAGUGCCAACGACAAACUUUGCAAGGAGUUAUGGACAAACCAAUGAUUCGGACGAUUUCGGAUAUCAGGCGCCCUCAAAAGACAGUCCAACCACGCAGGAAAAUGAACGUCUGAAGAAAGAACUUGAGGAAUCCCGACGAGCAGUUGAAGAGAAGGAUCGCAAAAUUGAGGAGCUCAAGAACAAUAUUUUCUGUUUCUCAAAGCAUUAUGAUGCAACUGCGAAGCUCUGCAUGGAGCUGCAGGCAUCAGCUGGGCAGAACGGAUUCGAGGAAUUCUUAAAGGAGAUGGAAGAAGUGCAACAUUUGAAAGGAAAGGAGCUGUUCGACUUGAAAAAAACUGUGAAUUCACAAAAAUUCACAAUCGAGAGACUGGAAGGAAGAUUGAGGAAAAGAGAGGCAACUAUUGGAAAGAUGAAGGAGAAAAUUCGGUAUUUGGAUCAAGACUCUACAACUCUCGCGCCAAAAAUGAAUUCAGAUGAUGCUUCAACUUCUUCAGGAAAGCCAAAAGAGCCUGAAGUGAUUCCUAGGGAGGUUCAGAAGAUGUUCACCAGAGAAAACCUUGAAUUCUGCUCCAAAUAUCUCAGACGCAAAGUUCAAGUUGUCAGCAGAAUUCCGUAUUCAAAGCAGCUGUUCGAUAUUUUCAAUGCGAAUCUUCCAGUUGGACAGAGAAAAGUGUAUGGAGCUGUCGAGAGAUAUCAGUGCGCAAAACUCCGGGACAUUUUGUUGGAGGAGCAGAAAAAGCAGAUCGACAAGGGUUGGAUCACUGUGAGACACUAUAAUUGUCCCAGUAUUUCGAUUGGGAAGAGGAAGAUAAAUGCUGAGUUCAAGAUGCCUGAGGAUCCAUCGCCUAGCUAUCAAGCUACUCUGGAUGCCCAUGAGCUUUUUGCAAAGAAACGCCGUCAGAAAAAUGAGGAAAUGAAUCGCCAAUCAUCAUCUUCUUCUUUGGACACCACUCAACUAUCUACUGUUCCUUUCUAA